AUGGAUGGUCGGUAUUUUCAAGGCGAAGAAAUGAAUUUCUCCAGAGCGGACAUCGACGUUAUGUUGCCCGCUCUCGAGAACUCAACCAAGAAAAAAUUCAACAAUUCUUUUUCCGCGGAACAGAGAAAGUAUGAGAAUUUGGAAAGGCAAAUUCAACGCGAACGUAAGGAUGUAAGCCAGCGAUUAAUGUUGGAGAGAAAGGAUUUCAUGCGUAGCAAUCUAAUUUUAAAGGAACGAAUGAAACUCUCUUCGAGAAGAACUUCUACAAAAACAGAAACACACGUUGAAAAACCUGUCGUGGACGAAAAAGGGCACCCUGCUGAAAAGCGGCAAAAACAGUCGACCGUUUAUACGGAGGAGAAAACUGAGUUACCUCGUUCGCCAUAUUAUUUUCCUCCUCUAUACAAAAACGUCGAGAAGGGCUUGAGAGAAAUACACACAAGUCAAGCACAGAUGGACUUAGCAAAAAAAGAACCUGUAAACACUGAGACUAUUAAAAACUGCAGAUAUUUGAGGUUAAGCUCGGCGCAGGAGCGGCAAUUACAAAGCAACAAUUCUGUCCUCGAAUCUGAU